AUCAAUAUGGACAGAAAUGUUUAGGUACCUACUUGACUUGUUAGUUAUGGUCUCUGUGGUAAUUUUUUUCUGCGGUAAGCAACACCAACUUGUACUCGUAUAAGAAUAAAUUAAUCGUUUUUGUGACAGAACCGAAAAAAGCAAUAUUUUCAAUGUAUUACCAAAAAAAUACGCUCACGCGGCCGGGAGUAGAAUGAGAGAAAUACUUCAAUUUCAAAUUUAAAGGCUGUCGCAAUAAACAACGACUCACUGCAGGAGGAUUCGAAUAAUCCUGUUACUUUGAACCUAAACUUAAAAUGUGUAGUUUCUGCAAGACCACCGGUUUUUUUUUCAUCCUCGUAAUAUACUUGUUGUCUAAAAGUGUUGAAUCCUUGCCUGAUGAUGGUCAAGGAAUGCCGAGUUCAAAUAAUGGCGAUUGCAGCGCGUACACCUUUUGCGCUCCUUGUAUCAAGUCCAAUUUUGGCUGCAAGUGGUGCGUGGAAACGAGAACAUGUUCCAAUAAUGAUUGUCAAACGAAGUAUGUGGUCAAGGGAGGAGGAUGUCAUGCAAAAGAAACUUGCGAUAAAUUCAAUACUUUCCAUGAAUGUCUCGAGUCAUCCCAAUUCUACUACUGCGGUUGGUGCAUCUCCAAGAAUCAGUGUACCUACAAUACAAAUUGUUCCAGUACUGGUGCUUCACUAUGGAUAAUCAAAAGUGAUAUUGUAGAAAAUUCAUUGUUCGAGAUUGUCAAUGCCACACAUCUGAAAUAUGGUAAAUCAGAAAAUAUCCUAUUACACUCAAGAACAAAGUAUUCCAAAGAAUCUUUAAUUCGAGCUGCCUUCAAGUGUCAGCUUACUUUUGCAAACUCAAAACUCAACUUUCCUAUGGACACGACCAUUGUACAGAUACAGAAUGAUUCUAUAGUGAGCUGUUUGCUACCCAAAUCUAAUAAUAUACUUACCCUCUCUCUUGAAAGCUACGAGUAUACCGCUACAGCAAUCAUGUCACUCUAUACAAAUACAAUCCAGAAAUCGCCUAUUUGGAGCACAAACGUUACAUUUUUCGAUUGUCGCGCAUAUCAUUUGUCUAAAAAAAAAUGUAGGCAAGACUUGCAAUGCUACUGGUGCAUAGAUAAAGAGAAAUGUAUAUACAGUAGUGAUAGGGAAAUAGAGUGUCCAAAUUCGCCAUCUUCUUGGAUUAAUUCAUUCUGGCCUGAAAAAGGUCUGUGGCAAGGUGGCACAAAUAUAACCAUCCAAGAUGAAAAUUUCUGCAUUGAACUUAACCAAUGCAUAAUUCGUAUAAAAGUUGCUGGCAGACCUUGCAAAUUAAUAAGACAUCACGAUAUAUCCUCAAAAACGAUAAAAUGUACAAUCGAACCAUCACCUUCCUAUCAAGUUUCUGAAGGCAAAAUUCAGGUACAUGUGGACGAUGAAGUUAUCCUAUCUGACACAAAUUUCAUGUUUGUUGAACCAGAUAUCACUGGCAUUGACCCAAAAGAAGGAUUCAUUUCUGGUGGCACUCAAUUGACAAUUAAAGGAAAGCAUUUAGACGCAGGAAGUUCGAUCAUUGUAUCCAUUGGCAGUCAACCUUGCACAAUAUUCUUCUACAAUUCAAGUAUAAUACAAUGUAUUUCUAAUAAAUCCAAUACUACUGCAAAAGAAGAUACGGUGAGCGUAGUAUUUGAUAAAUAUGCUCCAAACUUCACCAACAACUUAUACAAAUACGUCAAAGACGAAGAACAUGAUGAAAAUGGUUUCAAUGUUCAACCAAAAGGUAUUCCUCAGGGUGGAAUUCAAAUUCUGCUACGAAAUAUUGCCUCAGAACAUAGUAAUGAAUUAAUAUUCAAUGUGAAAUACCAAAGCAACAUACAUAAUGGCUCGUGCAAGUUUCAAGAUCAUUCUGGGGUAAUAUGUUCAUCUCCUCAGAUUCCAAUUAACAGUAAUUCAAUUAAUGUGGCAGAUCCUAUAGAAUUGGACUUCUGGUUAACAGACCCAACUGCGCCAGAAUUGAAAACUCCCCUUGCUAAAACUAAGUCGUCAACUUUUCUAUUGUAUCCGAGUCCGACGUUUGAUUAUUUUUCCAUCUCUUAUGUCCCUUUAACCAAAAAUCACUAUGUAAUCAUCGAAGGAAAGAACAUCAACAAAGCUUGCCAAAAAUCAGAUUUGAUUGUGGAGAUGAGAAAUGUAUUGUGUGAAGUAAUUUCACUGACAUCAGUUCGAGUCAUUUGUGUUCUACGAAAAACUAAUUCAUCUGAUUGCAACGAGGCUAAAUAUGAAUUUAUUGGAGAGGAUGAAAAUAUAAAGAUAACAAUUGAAAACAAUUUUACAGUAUCUGUUCCCAAACAACGUUCGCCUUCUGGAGAAUAUAUAAAAAAUCCGACAUCAUGGAAUAUUAUUUAUGUUGUCAUUGCUGUCACUGCAGGCACUUUCAUAGUAGUUCUCUUAAUAACUUUAUUCAUAUGUUGUUUUUGUCUUUGGAAUAUGCAAAUAAAAAAUGUUCAAGCAACUAUGAGAAUGGAGCAACGUGUUAAUCAGAUGUGUAUGGAGACAAUAGCUUUGCGACAAUGCAUCAAGAAAAUUGUAAUUGAAAAUAAAGUUGAGCUGGAUGAAAAUUCAUCAAACAUGUUGAAAUUGCCAAGCGUAACAAUUGAAUAUGGGCCUACUUCAGAUACAAGUAUUGUGAUUGACACAUCACCAGACACAGAAUUCCUAGUACCAAUGGAUCCUAAGUGGGAGUUUCCAAGAAGCAACCUUUCUUUUGGAAUGAGCCUAGGAGAGGGAGAAUUUGGCAAGGUCGUCGCAGCAGAAGCAUUCGGUAUCCUUCAUCAAAACCUCACCAGUACUGUUGCUGUUAAAUCGUUGAAAAAUGGUCACGCGGAUGCGGACAUGAUCGAUUUAGUAUAUGAAAUGGAGAUACUGAAAUUAAUAGGAUCGCAUGUAAAUGUUUUACAACUUUUGGGGUGCUGCACUCAAGAUGGAGAAUUACUCAUCAUAACUGAAUUCACUCAACAUGGAAAUCUACGUGACUUUCUUAGGAAUUAUCUACCCUCUUCUGAAGAUGAACUUUUACCCAACAAUUUGACUAGGAAAACAUUGUUAUUGUUUGCUCAACAAGUGGCUAAAGGAAUGGAAUAUUUGGCCUCUAAAAAAUGUAUCCAUCGAGAUCUUGCUGCGCGAAAUGUUCUAGUAGCUGAUGAUUACAUCAUGAAAAUAGCUGAUUUUGGCCUUGCAAGAGACAUCCAAAACAAAGAGUAUUACAGGAAGAAAACAAAAGGUAGAUUACCAGUCAAAUGGAUGGCUCCUGAAGCGCUAAGUCGUGAUCGUUAUACCUCUAAAUCAGAUGUAUGGUCAUAUGGCGUUCUAUUUUGGGAAAUUCUGACUUUGGGUGAAACACCUUAUCCUACACUACAAAAUGUGGACAGAUUAUUGUACACUUUACGCUCUGGGUAUCGAAUGGAAAAACCUCCUAAUUGUUCUGUUGAGUCGUACAGCCUGAUGCAGAAAUGCUGGAGUCUUCUGCCAGAAGAUCGUCCAACAUUUACAAUGAUUAUUGAUGACCUGGAUGAUAUAUUAAGCAAUACCGAUGAUCAGACUCUUGAACUGAGUAGUUUUUAUCAGCCGGAUGAUGAACAGUGCAACCCAAAUGAUGUAGACAAUCCAGUGGACGCUGAAUCUGAAUGAGCAAAGUGCUUUGAUUGGUUCAUUAGGUACUGAUCUAUUGCUACCAUUAUAAGAUGUAGGUAUAUAGGUAGGUAUAAAUACCUAUGCAUUUUUUAGUAGGCAAUAAGUAGUGGGCGAGUGACAACAUAGCACCUACCCAUGCAUUGAAUUUUUUGUACACUAUUAGCUCUAAAAGAUGAUUAUUUCUAUCAUUAUCUGUUUGUUGAGUAAUAUAUUAUGUUUCUACUUGAGUAAGAAAUAUCCAUUUACUGUAAUUAUUUAUAAAUAUUUUAAUCAUUAUCAUUAGAUGAGUAAUUCUCAAAAAAAAGGUCAAUUUUGAUGUGCAUAAUUUUGAAAAACAAAAAUCAUUUUUUUGGAAUAUUUCAAGUGGGAAUCAUUUGUAUAGGUGUCCCAGAUCCCUUUUCUAGUGUUGGCCUCAAUUCAAUCUGCCCCCCUGUGGGCCCUGACCCCCCUAAAACGGCGAUAAUUAGGAUUCGACCCUCAUCGAUGUGUAAUAUGUCGAUUGAUAUGUUUUCGAGGUCGUAGAAUUCGAAUCUGGAGUUAUUUUUUAUGUAGAGGUGGAGGGUGAGGUGUGGGGAGGGGGAAAAUGUCAAAUUUUGCUUAUAUUAUCGUGUAAUAUGUCGAUUUAUGUUUUUCAGACCGUAGAGUUCGAAUCUGGACUUAUUUUUUUGGUAGGGGUAAAGGUGAGGCGUGGGGAGGGAGAAAAUGUCAAAUUUUGCUGGUAUAUUAUCGUGUAAUAUGUCGACUAGCGCGAUAAAAGUACAGCUGUCUGAAAUUUGGCCAAGUCGAAGGACAAAUGGGCGCUGGACGAGCCGAAGGACAAUCUCAACUUUUUUUCGUUUCUAGGCUUACUUACUGGACAUUAUUCGGUUUUUAAAACGUAAUAAAUGUGUACUUAUCAUGUAGAAUAACUUCUCUUUCUCAAUUAUCGUUUUUGGCGGGUUCAUCAGGGUAAAUAAAAAGGCAAGCCGAAGGACACAGAUUUUGCGAAAUAUCAAAACUUCACAGAUAAGUACGAUCAGAACGAGCUGUAAUUUAGUUUUUUAAAAAAACGGUGCGGGGUAACAUUUCUAUGAGAACAGUCAACCAGUGCAGCCACUCACCAGAAAAAAAUGUUGGAUUGGGAAGUUAGCAAAAAUAAUUGAAAAUUGCUUUAAAAUUUGCGCAAAAAGUGUGUGACAGUUUUCAAAUGUGAAAUGUGAGCUUCCCAUGGACUUAUUGCAAUUGCGAUUUUCACAAUAAUGGACCUUCGUGUUCUAUGAUAAUGAGAAUGUGUCAAUUUUUCCCCCAAAAAAAUAAGUUCAUGACGCUUUUAUAACAUUCAUUUUCAAAAACAUGGCGUGUGACAGCCAAGUCGAAGGACAUUUGGGGUAUAAAACCGAAUGUAGACCAGUGAAAGGAGGGGCUAAAAAUCUCAAUACCAUAUGUGAAAUGUCUGGGGGAUGAUCCUUGAAUAGACUAAAAAAAGAAAAAAAAAUUCCAUGCUAAAACCUUUGAGAAAUUUGCCAUGUACACGAUUUUUACCUUUUUUUGAGAACUACCCAGAUUUUAAAUUAUAGGUAUAAUAAUUUUUUUUUGUUGGGAUUUUAUAAACCUAAUUUAUAUUCCUUAUCACUUGAUACUUAUAGUUAUUUUUUUUAAAUUUAAGAUGAUUUCUAUUAUUUAUCAAUAGUACUUACCUAUAUUUUUUUCUUUAAAUACGAUAGUUACAAAAAAUUUAAAAAUGAUGAUCAAGUCAUUAAAUAUUAAAACUCCCUCAAAUUGU